GCCGGCUCCUCAUCCUUCGUUUUACUGCGGUCGAUGUCGUUGCAGGAGUACUUUCUUUGCAGUAUUUCGCUGAAACUGCCACCGUCAGAGCGGCGUGCGGAUGAAUGUGGAAGCUUCGCCCCUGGCAGCCCGCAGAAGCAGCGCCGGUACCGGUCUGGCGUGAUGCAGCACUGCGGGACGCGGUUACUCAGGGGAAAUACGGUUCCAACACAAACUGCUAGAAAACUCGCCGCCUGCGGACCCAAAAAAGGAGACAUCGGGGAUCCCUGGGUGAGGCAGUUUUAGCGGCGGACUGUGGAAAGAAGUUUCCAGAAGGUGACGAGCGGCUUUCAGGACUGACAGACGAAGCAUGAGCACAGCUGCUAGCCAAGGGGUGGUGACGACCCCCCCGCCACCCAGCGCCGCUGCCCACAAGGAGCGCUACUUUGACCGUGUCAACGAGAGUGACCCCGAAUACCUCCGCUCCCGCAACAUGUCCCCAGACCUGCGGCAGGACUUCAACAUGAUGGAGCAGAAGAAGAGGGUGACGCAGAUCCUGCAGAGCCCGGCCUUUAAGGAUGAGCUGGAAGGACUGAUCCAGGAACAGAUGAAGAAGGGGAACAACCCCUCGGGGCUACUGGCCCUGCGACAGAUCGCCGACUUCUUCAUGGCCAGCUCGGUGGCCGGCUUCUCCUCCUCCCCCCUCAGUCUCGGGAUGGUCACUCCCAUCAAUGACAUGUAUGGGGUGGAGUGUUCCACGCUGGCCAAGGGGGAGAAGCAGAUUCGCUGUAAACUGGCCAGCCUCUACCGCCUGGUGGACCUGUUCAGCUGGGCUCACUUCUCCAGCUCCUACAUCACCGUUCGCAUCAGCAAAGAGCAGGACCACAUCCUGAUCAUCCCCCGAGGCCUGUCCUUUGCAGAGGCCACGGCAGCCAACCUGGUGAAGGUGAACAUCCUGGGUGAUGUUGUGGACCAGGGCACCACCAACCUGCGCAUCGACCAGCCCGGCUUCAGCCCCCACGCAGCCAUCUACUCCGUGCGGCCCGACGUUCGCUGCGUGGUCCACGUGCACACCCCCGCCACCGCCGCUGUCUCCUCCAUGAAGUGCGGCAUCCUGCCCAUCUCCCAGGAGGCCCUCAUCCUCGGGGACAUCGCCUACUACAACUACCAGGGAUGCCUGGACGAGCAGGAGGAGCGGAUCGAGCUGCAGAAAGCCCUGGGCCCGUCUGCCAAGGUGCUGGUGCUGAGGAACCAUGGUGUGGUGGCGCUGGGCGAGACCAUGGAGGAGGCCUUCCACUACAUCUACUCUGCGCAGUACGCGUGUGAGAUCCAGGUAAACGCUUUCUCGUGUGCUGGAGGAAUGGACAACCUCAUCAUUUUGGACUUGGAGAAGUACAAGCCCAGGACCCACGAGGUGGCACUGGCCGGGGUCAACAUGGGCAGCCAGACCAAGUGGAAAGUGGGGGAGCUGGAGUUCGAGUCCCUGAUGAGGAUGCUGGACAACCUGGGCUACCGGACAGGCUACGCCUACCGACACCCGAUCGUGCGUGAGAAGCCUCGUCACAAGAGCGACGUGGAGAUCCCCGCCACGGUUACGGCCUUCGUGUUCGACGACGAGGACGGCGCCCCGCGGCGACCCUUGCGCCUCCUGUCCCAGCGGCAGCAGCGGGAGAAAACCCGCUGGCUCAACUCGCCCAACAGCUACACUAAGGUCAGCGUGGCAGAGGACGCUUACAGAGAGGAGUGCGGCAGCCCCCGGACCAAGACCAUGUGGAUGAAGGCAGAAGAUUCCAGCAACGGCAGCGGCACCGCAAUCAGAAUCGAGGACCCCAAUCAAUUUGUCCCCCUGAACACUAACCCAAGUGAAGUGCUGGCAAAGAGGAACAGAAUCCGGGAGCAGAACAGACACGACCUCAUGACAGCCGGGCCACAGUCGCAGGUGUUGGCUGGAAUCGUAGUGGAUCGUCCGCCGCCCUUCGUGGCACCCGAAGAUGACCAGAUGGAGCCUCUUCCUCCCAACCCGUUCAACCAGCUGUCCGAGAAAGAACUGGAGCAGUACAAGAAGAACGUGGAACGUCGACAGCUUGGCGUCGAGGAUGGUGAGCACGAGCUAACCUCUGACGAUGGGGGCACUCCGUCCCAGUCUGUGUCUCAAACUGAGUCUGCACAAAGCACUCCAGCUAGAGAAGAAAACCACACGGGCGUGAUGCUCAACGGUAAGGACGACGGGCACGACGCAGAGCUGGAACUUAGCAAGCGCAUCAGUCAGCUGACCACCAGCGGCGAGAGCUUGGAGAUCACGCCCAGGGGGGGCGAGAAGAUCGAGGAGGCGCUGUCCCCCGAGAGCUCCCCGUCCAAGUCGCCUAACAAGAAGAAGAAGAAGUUCCGCACCCCCUCCUUCCUCAAGAAGAGCAAAAAGAAGGAGAAGGGCGAGGCCUAGGCUCCAGGCCUGGGGGGCCGGGCCGUGUUUUCGACCCCCCCCCCCCUGUUAAAAAUGACGCUGCACAUUUUGGGAAAGGAAAAGAAAAAAAUAGUGUGUGAAAGUGGUAACUUGAGUUUAACAAAUCUCUAUCUAGGGGGUGCUUUUUUAUAUUCCCCUCCCCCUCCAGGAAGGGGGAGAGGGUGGGGGGGGUUAUAAAUUUGUGAGCCAAACAAAGUGGGGAGCUUCCUUAAAAAAACUGCUCUUGUCGUUCCCAUCUCUGCCAAGCACUGAACGCAGGAUUUUAGCGCAGACCUUGCAGGUGCAUCCCAGACAUGCCGGGCUGCGGCCGCAGGGGCUGCGACUCGGCGCGCGUCAGUCGCGAUUAAACUGCACAGCCGAAGUUGUUCAUAGCCUUCACCCUGGAAACUCUGUCCUUGUGUUACCAGCUUUGGUUUAUUUUGGUUAUUAUUGCUGUCGCCGUUUAGGACCCGCCGCCUCCAUUCGUGUCAUAAAUCCCCUGGUUCAUAGCGGAUUGCAGCCGGACAGCUAGCAGAGGCUAAUGCCACACUGGAAAGUUAGUACGAGAUCGCGACGGCGUUCACCGUGAGCGGCUCAGUAGUCAUUAUCCCCCCCCCCCCCUAGGCUGACUCCCGGCCAGUCGCCCUCUGGGGAAGUAGCCGUUCAUUCUGCACUGACUGUUUUUAACCCGUGUAGUGUUCGAGCUGUUUUUCUCUUUUUGUAUUUUUAUUUUAAAUUUCGUUCUUGCCAAAUGGAAAAACACACAAAAAAUCACGUUUUAGUGACUCUCAAUCUUGAUGGUUUUUUGUUUUUUUUUUCCUUGUUUUUUCCCUCAAACGACUCAUACGAUUUUUUUUUACUUUUUAGAAACCGAAAGCCAAGUGGCUCCUGUUUUAUACGCAUUCUAUCAUUUUUUCAGAGAAUAGGAUUCAAAUAGGAAGCAUGUUAUAAAUUUAUACCGCUGACAAUUUAAUAAUGCCUGUUUCUAUAGGGUUAUAUUAAAGGCAUUAUAGGUCAGAUUACUAAAACUAUAUAAAGGAGAUUAUAUAAAUAUAUAUUAUAUAUAAAAACUAAAAAGUGAUUAUAGAUUUUUUUUUUAACUAUAUAUUUUUUAUUUUACUUUGCUGCACUUUUGUGGUAUAUAGCGAACUGUAGAUGCAGAAAUUUCACCAAAUGAAGGAGAACGAGAAGAGAAGGGGGAUGUUUGUGUCGGGAAGGUGCAGGGCAGGCAAAACAUUAGGUUUCGGAAAGUGCGUUAAUGACAAGUAAUGGAUACUUUUGUGCAUUACAGCAAAAUGUCAUAUUCAAGUGUUUUUUAUGAGUUUGAUUCAAAAAGGAAAAUACCCCACCCCUUUCCACCCCCAGAUAAAGCACAAAUGGAAGCAGUCUAGUUUUAUGCGAUUUUGUUUUUAAGGUCCACUAUUUAGACCUUUAGGCUCCAAGGUCAUUGACAGGCAUGGCGGAUACACACCCAAUCAACGCGACACUCCGGUGGGUUAAGCCCCGCCCCUUUCCACCCAUAGGCUUGCACAGGUGUCAAUCACUGCGUGGUGUCAGUAUCGCUUUGUCUGACCACUUCCAAUUGAGGUUCUUCAGAAAGUGAAUAUUUUUUCAGCUUCUGAUGAUCGGUCCUAUUCGGUCUGCUCUCCCCUCCUCAGUUAUCUACAGAUAUUCCCCCCCCCCUCUGGAGCAUGUGCGGGGAAGGGGAGGGGGGUGACCUCGAGUGAAAUCCGAGAGGCCGAGGUUGACUUAUCUGUCAUUCUGCAGAGCUUAAUAUCCCAGCCAGCAAUGUGAAUUGUUUGCGUUUGACAUGAAGAGCAGGGGGCAUCUUUUAAGCUGUGUAAAUAGCAUGUGUCUUUGGCUGGGGCUGGGUCUGGACACGGAGAUGGAUGAAAGCUGGACGAGGCGGUAAUCACGUAAUCGGCAGAUGUUGACAUUUACUCUUUGUUGGAGAGACCUUCUCCUAACACCAACACAUUCUAACUUGUAGAUUUUCAUAGGCUACUGUUUUCUGUUCAAAUGUACCUUUUACCAUUUGUAUUACAAUAUGUUCUAAAAUUUAGUUUUGCCAGAAUACUAAAGCAUUUAUUAACCAUUUAAGAGCGCGAACUACUCCCAGACGAAUGGCUUGGCUUUGAUUUUUUUUUCUUGACGUUUCGCGCCUUGUUUGCUGAUGCCUUUUUCCCUCUUCGAUUUUUCUUUCUCCUCUGAUCGCUUUGGCAUGCGAGUUUGAGCCAAGCUUACCUGUGACCUGUGGAAACUAUGUAAAUGGAUAUGUCAUGGAGUUGCUUUUAGAUGUAUUGCUAAUCAGUGUAAAUUCACAAAUAAAGUGUAUUUUAAGAA